AUUUUCAGGAUCUUUAAAGGAACUUGUGUUAAGGAGAUACGUAGAUGGUUUCAGGAAAAUGUUGCCGUUCCUUCAGUCAAUUUUUUUCUGCAACUGUGUAGGCAUAGUCAUGUAAAAUGCAACCAUUGUGUCCCAGAUGUGAUAAAGGCAUCGCCGUUCUAUCCGUUAGCUAAGUGGUUCCUCUGUAAGAAGCGGAUACCCCAUACCUACCGCUACGAGUACUGAAAAUUUAUCCGUUCCCGUAACUAGUCAAGAAACGGUGUAG